UUACGAAGCCACCAUCGCAAGACAUUGUCCUUGUUUGUAACGCCAGAACGGUGCUCUGGAGAACUGGAAAGCGAUCGGAAUAAAAGAAAUCGGUGUUUCGACGCCCAGAGAGUCGCAGCAUGCGCUUUAUCCGUUGCUGAAGAUCCGAUCGAAUGUUGUCCACGAACCAUAUGCCCGCCAACGGAGCUUCGAGUCCCGACCCUCUGGACGCAGAUGAUUAUGACCCCGUCGAACAUCUUAACGCUAUCUUCUCCCACCCCUCGACUCUCUCGUCGGUCUCGAAAACGUCUCAAGCGCUCCGUGCAUACGAGAAGGAAUUAGACAAUGACAUAGCCAGGCUGGUGGAGGAACAGGUCACCUCUAAUGCGGAGAGUGUCGAGCGGAUCCAGGCUGCGAAGGCAGACCUUUCGGAGCUAUUCAAGAAGAUCGACGAUGUGCGCGAACGGGCAUUGAAAACGGAGCAGGCGAUCACGGAGAUGACGGCGGACAUAAAACAGUUGGAUAGCGCAAAGAAGAACCUGACUCUGUCAAUGACGGCACUGAAGAGGCUGCAGAUGCUGACGACGGCAUAUGAGCAGCUUCGCGCGCUCAGCAAGACUAGGCAGUAUCGCGAAUGUGCUCAAUUGUUACAGGCGGUGAUCCAGCUUAUGGCACACUUCAAGUCGUACCGCUCUAUUGAUCAAAUUGCGACACUCAGCCGUAAUGUUGCGGAUAUCCAAAGAGAGCUGCUCGAGCAGAUCUGCGAGGACUUUGAGCUUGCCUUCGCGAAAGGAGAGGUGGCCCAGAAGAAGAACACUCUAGCCGAGGGUUGCUUGGUGAUGGAUGCUUUGGGAGAGAACGCCAGAUCCAGGCUGGUUACGUGGUACUGCAAUACGCAAUUACGAGAAUAUCGCCAAGUAUUUAGGGGUAACGAGGAGGCUGGCUCUCUGGAUAACAUAUCCCGCAGAUACUCGUGGUUCAAGCGCAUGCUGAAGACGUACGACGAAGAGCAUGCUGCUAUAUUCCCAUCUGCUUGGAGGGUGAAUGAGAUAUUGGCCAACGUAUUCUGUGAAAAUACCAGAGAUGAUUUCAAGGGUAUCCUGUCGAGAUCUGUGAGGAGUGGUCAGGCAUUAGAUGUCAAUCUUCUGUUGUCUUGCCUGCAGGAAACCCUUGACUUCGAACACUCCCUCGACAUGCGAUUUACCAAUGUAUCACGCGCAUCCAUCGAUACCUUCGCUGAUAGUGAAGCUCCAGUAUUCACCCAGGCGAUCUCGGAAGCCUUUGAGCCAUAUCUAAGCGUCUGGGUCGAGGCGCAAGACAAGCAGCUGGCUACCUUGAUGUCGAAGUACCGACAACAGCCGCCGAAGCCACCGGAUGAAGAUUUCAGCCCUCAACUUGUGGUAGCUUCAUCGACUGAACUUUUCACGUUUUACCGCCACUGCUUGCAACAAUGUGCAAAAUUGUCAACGGCAGCUCCGCUUGCUGAACUGUCCAGGGUAUUCGCAAAGUACCUGGAUCAAUAUGCACAGAAUGUUCUUCUGCCCUACAUCAGUGAAAGGCCUACGGGGCAAACUCCGUCAAAGGUCCCCUCGUUGGAAGAUUAUAUCCUAGUCCUUAACACGGCAGAUUACUGCUAUACGACUUGCAAUCAGUUGGAAGACAAGAUCAAGGGCAGAAUUGACGAGAAUCUUAAAGAGAGCGUGGACCUACAAAGCCAAGCGGAUUCGUUCAUGGGCUUGGCGAGCGCUGCUGUCCGCGGACUGGUUCGGAAGGUAGAGGUCGAAUUGGAGCCUUGCUGGCGGGAAAUGCGAAACACACCUUGGACUAGACUCGAAGGUGUAAGCGACCAAAGCUCAUAUGUAGGGGAGCUCAUGACAAGAAUAAAAACAAGAGCAGAGGAGAUCCUACAGUUGCUGCACAAGCAUCAGUAUGCGAGAGCAUUUGCUGAUCACCUGGUGGAGCUAAUAUCUAAUGCUUUCCUAUCGAAUAUCUUCCAGUGUCGGCCUGUGUCUGAGACUGGCGCUGAGCAGAUGCUCCUGGACUCCUAUACUUUGAAAACCGGUCUCUCCUCUUUGCUCCCCGCACCGGCUCCAGCAGGUUUCGUGAAGCGUGUCAACACCAGCUUCUCAAAGAUCGAGACCCUUCUGAAGACAGUCCAAGUUCGACCAUCACCCCCGGAGGCUCUCGUUCAAGCGUACCUUGUCCACAUUGCGGACCGCAACGAUGGCAAUUUCCGUAAAAUCCUCGAUCUCAAGGGCAUCCGCAGCCGACAAGAGCAGAACAGCCUUGUGGAGCUCUUCCAGGCCCAUCGGUCUUCAGAGCGCUACGCCCCUCAUCUCCAACAGAGCAAUCCGAUUCUAGCAGCUUUGCAGCCCAGCUACUCAUCCACAACUACCUCCUCGACUUCAGUCUCUCAAGGUCUGGGCCUCAGCACUCUAGGAACUUCGGCCGCAGCAUCGCUCGGUUCGUCGAAUCUACCGACCCGGUUCGACCCCUCCGUCCUAGGUUCUGCCCUCAUCUCCGCCGCGAAGGAUGGUGUCGACCGAUUCGGAAACCAAAGUCUGGGUACCCUCGGCUCCGGCGCAGGCGGCGGUGGCUCUAUGGGUGCAUCGGGGACUUUAUCUCCCUCGGCAUCGUUCAGCGGUCUCAGCCCGGGCGGCGAAGGCAGUGCGGCAGCCAAUCUCAAUGAGAAUUUGAAGAAUAUUGGGAAGUUCUUCCGGCGGGAUCUGGGUGGGCUUGGUGGCAGGUUUGGAAGGGGAGGAGAGGAUGGCGGUUCGAAGUAAACCAAAAACACCUAAUUACUUCGGCAUCCAUGUACGAAUAAUAUACCAGCAGCACUCAGUGAAGUGAAACCGUUGCGAUUACUUGUGACGUUUACUUGUCCCUUUCUUAAGAUACCUGAUUAUAUAGUGACCGCACGGGAAGUCAUGAACG